AUGUAUCCGGGACAAGCUUGGGUGGCCAGUAACCUUCUAAUGACGGGACCAAAGGUAAAUAAAGCGUACCAUUUAUAUGAACCGUUUUACGUCCAAUGCUUGGAAAAUGUGCUCAAUGACUGCGCGCUUUUAAGUGAGGAAAUCGACUCAUGGUCGUUUCAAACUCUGCAGGCGCAUCUCACCUAUGCCAAGAGCGUGCAGGUGGGGACGCAGAUCGGGAUAGAGGAGUGCAAACAUCAGUUUGCCUGGGAUAGAUGGAACUGUCCUGACAGCGCAACGCAGCAGAGAGGACUGAGACUUGCCACCAAAGAAACGUCUUUCGUCCACGCCAUAAGUGCGGCGGGGGUCAUGUUUACUCUGACGCGGAACUGUAGUUUGGGAGACCUGGAAAACUGCGGCUGUGACGUGCCAAACAAUGGACAAACAGGUGGUCGGGGCUGGUUAUGGGGAGGCUGCAGCGAUAACGUGGAUUUCGGGGAGAGGAUUUCCAAACUGUUCGUGGACUCACAGGAGACUGGGCAGGACUCUAGAGCUGCUGUCAAUCUGCACAACAACGCAGCGGGCCGGCAGGCCGUAAAGGCAACAAUAAAGCGCAUGUGUAGAUGCCACGGCAUGUCUGAGAGCUGCAGCGUGCAGACCUGCUGGACGCAGUUGUCGGAUCUGAGGGAAAUUGGGAAUUUCCUAAAGUUGAAGUACAACCAAGCGCAAAAACUGGACGUGGACAGGACAACGAUGAGGGCGGGAAACAGCGCGGACAACCGGGGAGCCGUGGUGGGCGUGGCCCAAACGGAGCUAGUCUACCUGGAGGACUCGCCUGACUACUGCAGGAGGAACACCAGUUUGGGGCUCCCCGGCACCGAGGGCCGGGAGUGCGCGCAGCACGGCACGGGCUCCACCCCGCCGGAGAGGCGCAGCUGCCGCAGGCUGUGCCACGACUGCGGCUUCAGGGUGGAGGAGAGGCGCACGGAGGUGGCGGGCAGCUGCAACUGCAAGUUCCACUGGUGCUGCAAGGUGGACUGUGAGGACUGCUCGCAGGUUCUCAGUAAACACGUGUGCGCCAGGAGGGAAGCCGGGGACGCAUUCAGACGGAGAAACCGAGCCCCCAGAUGAAAGAUUACGGCUUUCUGCUGCUAUUUUUGCACCUUUUAUAUCCAACUUUCCUCCUAUAAUCGGUUGAUUUCUUUUUAUUUAUUAAAAUUUUUUGUUUUGUCUUACAAUGAAAUAAAUAAAAGUAUUGUUGGAAAUGGUGUGUUGCAUUUCAGUCCUUAGAAAACGCCUUCACUCAUGAUAGAAGUUACAAUAAC